AAUAGGCCGUUGACAGAACUUGUGCACAAACUGGCCAUGAUGAGGAACCGUCUUCAGCUCUGUGUGCUGGUCCUGAUCAUGCUGAGCUCAGGUUCGUGGGUCCACGGUGAAACCCCCCUGAGCGGAGCGUACCUGGAAGGAGACGUUAACUGUGCCAUUCUAAGCUCCAUCCACACUAAAGUAAUCGACCUUCACAAACGAACUAUGCCUCAGCCAUUCAUUUGUUCGGGUUUUGAUCUGACCACAUUCGCUGAGUCACUGAGCGCCAUCUACACGAUUGAACAAAUCAAUAACUCUACAUUGCUUCCGGGGAUUAAGCUGGGAUAUGAAGUCUGUGAUCCUUGUGCAUCUCCCACCAAAGCACUGCACUGUGUGGAACAUUUACUGGCUAUUAACGGAUCUCUGCCGGUCCUUGUGGACUACACAGACUUCCAUCCGCCAGUGAAAGCUCUUCUGGGAGAAAGAUACUCAGAGUUAUCCAUUGCUAUCGCCAAGCUUCUCAGCCUCUACCUGUUUCCUCAGGUCAGCUGCUCGUCCUCCUCUCCCGUCCUGAGCGACAAACUGCGCUAUCCGUCCUUCAUGCGUGUGAUACCAAGUGACUUCUACCAAGCUCAGGCGCUGAUCAAGCUCAUGUCUCACUUCUCCUGGAACUGGGUCGGUGUCGUUUAUGGAGAUGACGACUACGGCUUAGCGGCCUACCAAAGCUUCAUUCAAGAGUCAGAGGGAAAAAUAUGUGCUGAUUUUGAGAAAGUGGUUCCACACUACCUGGACCACAUUGAUAUCGAUAUGCACAUCAAAGAUGUUGCUCAGAGCAUAAAAAAAUCUAAAGCCAAGGUUGUGCUGCUCAUUCUAAAGCCGCAGCUGGUGGAGAAGCUCUUUAAGGAGAUGCUCCAAACAAACACGAGCAGAAUUUGGAUCGCAAGUGAUGCCUGGUCUAUGAACCGCUACUUAACAAAAAUAAAAGACAUCAACAAAGUGGGCGAAAUCUUUGGCUUUUCCUUUUCCAUGGGAAUUAUUCCAGGGUUCGAAGAGUACUUGAAGAACCUCAGGCCAACGCCAGGAGCGAGAAAUGACUUCAUAGAAGAGUACAAGCAGUUGAGACUGAACUGCUCGCUGUCGCCCUCCACCUGUGAUGUAGAUGACAUGCUCCAGGCAGUGGAACUGAGAGACGUCUACAGACAGAGAGUGGCCAUAUACGCUUUCGCUCACGGGCUCAGAGCGCUGCUGGCAUGCAACGAGACCGCCUGCUCAGGAGAAACUGACUUCCCACCCUGGCAGUUACUGAACAGUAUGCGCAGUGUGAAUUUCACGCUCGAUGGCAAUACAUAUUCUUUCGAUGAGAAUGGUGACUUUGCGGAUGGUUAUGACCUCAUAAUGUGGAGGCAAAAUAACGAUGAACGCAUUAUUGAAGUUGUGGGGAAAUUUCUUUUGAAACGUGGAGACGUGGAGAUCCUUAGUCAAUUUCAGUGGAUAAAUAACAAACUCCCCAAUUCCACAUGCUCAGAGCCUUGCUCACCUGGUUCUGCAAAGAACCAAUCUAAGAUCCCCUGCUGCUACAACUGUGUUCCGUGUGCUGAAGGAAGUUAUACUGAUGGAUGGGAUCUCCCUGAAUGCCUGAAAUGUCCUGCUGGAAUGUGGUCUAAUAAGGAAGACAGUAAAUGCGGAAAAUUCGAGGAGAAAUAUCUGGACUGGAAGGACAGUUAUCCCAUAGCUCUGUUAGCAGCUACAUCAAUAGGCUUGGUUUUAGUGUUGACUUCACUCAUCAUUUACUAUGUGCACAGAGACACAAUAGUAAUCAAAAAGGCUGACAAUACAAUGUCUUGUUUCAUGUUACUGGGGUUGGCGGUCAGCUUCGUCAGUGUCAUCAUGUUCAUUAGCAGGCCAAACGAGCAUCUGUGUCGGGCACAGCAGGCAGUGUACGGUCUCGGUUUCACUCUGUGCGUUUCAUGCAUUCUGGUUAAAGCCUACCGCACUUUCCUGGCUUUCAUGGCUUUUGAUCCAGACAAGCAGCACAAGUUAAAAAAACUCUACAAGCCUUUUAUCAAUUUAGUCCUGCUUACCGGUGGUCAAGGUAUAAUCCUUUUGUUCUGGCUGAUUUUCCAGUCUCCUCGCCCAGAUUUAAAGUGGCCUGGAACUGGCAUGGAAAAAUAUGUCGUCUGUGAUGAGGGCUCCAUUGUAGGUUUUGGGGUGAUGCAUGGUUACAUAGCUCUAUUGGCCUUCAUUUGCUUCUUUCUUGCUUUCAAGAGUAGAAAAGUCCCCCACGAUUUCAAUGACACUGGUGUCAUCAUCUUCAGCAUGUUGAUUCAUCUGUUUGUCUGGCUUUGCUUUAUUCCCAUUUAUAUUGACAGAAACAAGACCGAGCAGCGGCACAUUGUUCAAGCUUCAGCCAUCCUGGCCUCCAACUAUGGAAUAAUGUUUUGUCAUUUUGUCCCAAAGUGCUACAUAGUCCUGUGGGAACUGUCAGAGAACUCAAGGGCUUCAAUCAUAGGCAGGUUGGCUAGACGUGUUAAAGAUGACACUGCAAAUGCAAACAUUACUGUAUUAAAUGAUGCAAGUCGAAUCCCUCCAUCAUCAGUGAUAGAGAUCAACUCAGUUUCCAGUUCUAUAAAGGCAGUGAACUUAUUAAAUGCAGAUAAAGGCAGUAUAGACCUUACGGUGUCCCGCCAUGCCAAACUGAGACAAAGACACACUACUCAAUAAAAAUAAAUGAGUUGUCUUUCAUUCUCCAGCAAGUGAAUUUACAGCUAGCAAAUACUUAAACUGGAUUUUCCAUCUAACAUACACAUAUGGCUGAUAAAAUUUGGGGGUUUUGUAAAUUUUUAUACAUAUUGUUAAAUAGGGACUCUGCAUUUAUAAAUUGCUGUAAUAAAUAUAAGAGUGUAUAAAUUGGUUCAGAUGAUAUUGCAAACAAAAAACAAAAGCACUGGUUGUUAUUUUUGUUCUAAUUUGUCCACACAUGUGCAUGUUAAAAGAAAUUGUUUAAUCCUGUAUUUAUUAUUACUAAAAAUAUAAUAAUUAUUAUAAUAAUAAUACAGUAAAUAUUUAAGAUCUGGGAAAGCUUUUAGAUUUUUUUAUUUCAUUACAUGUUGUAAUUUAUUGUACAUAUGCCUUAGUAAAGUUCAUUGUAACGAAGUCUGACAUUAUCUCAAUCAUAUUUACACACUGCCUCGGAAAACCUUUCAGACAUAAAAAAAAACAACAAAAAAAAACAAAUCAGAUUUUUUGCGUUUUUCACAUGCUGUUUGACUAUAUGAAUGAUUGUAUGAUUGUGUUUAUGUCAUCAUUUGCUAAGGUUAACCUUUUGCUUUGUUUUGAUAGUUCUUUGUUUUGUUUCUGUGAAGCACUGUGUGACAAAUUGUCUGGAAUACUGCUAAAAUACUUUCUUGCUUGUAAUCACAAAACAUAUCAUCCCAACUUGCACUGUUGCUUCAUUUGGUUAAUAGCACAUAAAUUACACAACUCUUUUUGUACCGUCUUUACAUUUAAUAAACAAUAAAAAAUUAUU